AUGGCUAUGAUGGACACCAAACUCAAGUUUUCUGAUGGUAUGGUUCAGCUGAAGGCUUGGAUACUACAGCACUUUCCAAACAUUACUGGUUGGCGAGAGGUGUCGACCUACACUGAGCUCAUGUCGCGUGCCAGUAGAUUCAGCCCCCGCAGAGGGAACCAGGAGCCUCUACCUUACAGGUACGCACUUGAUCGCAUUGCUGUCGAGGACGUACGAUACGACUGCUAUGCUGAGCACCUAGAGACGAUUCCCUUUGAUGAGAUAGCGUUGUAUUUUGGAUGGUUGGCCGCCAACUCGAGAAUCCAUGUACGAUAUCUUCCGGAGCACGUCAUGCGUCAGUUUUGCUACGCACAGACGAUACCUCGCAACCCUAUAGCCUCCUCUCCUGUCACAAUGACUCGUCAGCAGUUAGAUGAGGUCUUUGCAGACUGGAAGCAUCACAUGGUUCCUGAGGAGGCUUGGGCGAUGAGUUCAGAGAGCGACUAG